GGGGCGAGCGCUGCUCCGCUGCAGCUCCGCUCGCUUUCACCACUAAAGUCCCAACAUCAAGGUACUAGUCAUCAGCAGCGAGACGUGGUGAUGCUUUUUGUUUUACCAGCUACGAGAGAAGAUGGAGUAGUUAAAUGAGGGACGUCCCGUCGCUCCUGCUGGUUGUGAUUCGCCUCCAUCCAUGCGGUCGGCGCGCCGCGGCGGAGGAAGCUCAGUCAUCGGACCGACGACACGGCUCAGUCCCCGCACAGCAGCAUGGUGGUCCCCCCGCCUGAUAAUGGGAGUCCCGCCGGGCUCACAGAGAGCUCUGAACCCGAGUGCAAGGAGGUUGGAGAGAGGGGUCACGACCUGGAAGGGGUGGAGCUGGAGGAGGUCCGAAAGCUGCAGGAGCUCGUCCGCAGGCUGGAGGUCCAGAAUGAAACCCUGCGCAGCAGAGGGGGCAAGACCUCCAGAGGAGCCGACGGUAACCUCAACGCUGCUGAGGUUAAUAUAAACGAGAGGCUGACUUGUGAAGGGGUGACGAGCUCCCACCUCAGAUUGGAGCACAGCAGUGAUCUGGACAGCACAGACUACAAGCUCUCACCUCCUCAGGACAGCAGCAGCAGUGGUGAAGACAUGUCCCCGUUGCCCGCCACCAACAGGCUGGAGGGAGAAGACGGAGAGGAGGAUCGGGGUCCGUGCGGGGGCUUUCUAACUCUGACCUGCAGCAACGGAGCGGGACAGUCUCAGGGGCAAAGUCAGACGCCGGAGAGCCCAUCUCAGGAAAGUUAUGAAUCAGAGACACUUGCAGAGAGCGACUCAGGGGUGGACCAGACUGCACUGGAUGAAGUGGACGUCCUAGAUUUGGAGGAUGAGUGUGUCGAAAUUGAAGACGAAGAUAGUUGGUUGUACGUGUCUCCUAAAAAGCAAAUGGCUGAUCCAGGGCCAGACUCGCCAUUGAAGUGGUGUCGGCAGGUUCUUGAUCAUCGCAGCCCAGAGACGGAAAUGGCUUGCCGGACGCUGAUCAAUCGUUUGGACCAGACAUCGCGGUGGAGGAACAUGUACAGCAGCCCAUCGGAGGCAGGCUCGGCAAGCUCAGGCCUGAUCUCUCCUGGGUACCACAUAUCAACUAACAAAUCCCUACUAACCUGUGGCAGCUCAGGUGCCACAAAUGUGCAGUCGGCCCUGAGCUCCCAGUCCUCCAUAGACAGUGAACUCAGCACAUCAGAUGACUCCAUCUCUAUGGGCUACAAGCUCCAGGAUCUCACUGAUGUCCAGAUCAUGGCUCGCCUACAGGAAGAAAGUCUGAGGCAAGAUUAUGCUUCAAGUUCAGCAUCUGCAUCACGCCGCAGCUCCACUACAUCUCUGCAGUCACUGCGCCGGGGUGGUACAUACAGUGACCAGGAAUUUGACACUUAUAGCCUGGAAGAUGAAGAGGAUGAGUUUUGCUCCGUGCCCCCGCGGCGACAUCGUUUUACCCCUUCACCCUUAGGCUCACCUCGCUGCCUGUCUCCAUCCACUUCCAGCCACGGUCAGGAAUACAGCAGCCAACUCGGGGCACCUCGCACUAGAACACCCAGACGUUCUCUCCAAGGCCCCAGUGCAGAGCUGCUUAAAUUUGCUAAGAGUGAGGAGGAGUUGAGGCACAGCAUGCCUAAUCUGGCCCCCCGCACCAGCCUACGUUCUCUGGAGGCGGUCAGAAACAGCCGCAGCAUGGAGGCUAACCUCCAGAGCUCUGGCAACCGCAUGUCUCACCUGACUCACUCCCCCUCCACAGGUAUGGUGUGUGGUCGUCUUCGUAGCAAUGGCCAGUCUCCUCUCUCCCUGCGGGCUCCAGUUAAAGCCGUCACUCCUCUGGGCUCCAUGGCUCCUGGUCGUCAGCCUUCCAGAGGUCUACCGGUUAUCCAAACACAUCCACCAACAGGAGGGGGCCGCAGGGUCCAGUCACAAGGAUCUGCUAACGGUGGAGUUUAUGGACCCGGGAGAGCCUCAGCUGGGACAGGAAGGCCUGUGAUGGGACGCGGUCAGGGUGUACCGUCAGUCUCCACAAGAAGCAAACUCGCACACCCUUCCAGGAGGUCUUUGGGCAUUACUAAAAUGUCAGAUGACGCCUGGAAAGAUGGCUGUUACUGAGCUUUGCCAGAAAUGAAGGAUGUUCACUGGUGCAAGCUUGACCCAACUUCUCCUCAAUAGGAAGAACAUGGCCACUGUGUCCACAUGUGUGUUGCACAAACCUCUUGGUUCCCCUAUUUCAGACUGCAGUGCUGGGCUACACUGGAUUUGUAGUUGAUCUCUCCCUCGCAUGAAACAUUGUCAACCCACACAGAGAAAAUGUGUAGGUAGAUAAGAGGCUACACAGGCACACUCCAUUUGUUGUAUGGACCAACCUUGAGCUUCCAGAAGAUUUGUGUCAAUUUUACUUAUUUUUUUAUGGUAAUUGUGAGAAACAGCUGGAAUAUUGGGGUUUGUAUCCCUGUACUGUUGAUGUAAUUAAUAUGGAGACAAUUUAAAUGAAGAUAUUGCUGGUUUGUUUAUUAUCUCUGUGAAUUACUACUAGAUGAAGGCGCCGAGUGUUGCAUGCUGGGUUUUGUUUUCCCAUCGCCCCACCACCUUUCAACUUUCUCCAACUUGAGUAUGACAAAUCUUUCAUGUGUCAAACAGUAAUGUGUGUACAUUUGUUGAAAGUUUGAUUGGUUCAUAGUGGAAUCAUUAUAAUUGUGUUGUGUUUGUGUUUUGCUCUUUGCUUACACAAUAAUGCAACUCUUGUAAACCACACUGCCCUCGUUAAAAAAAAAAAAUGGAAAUAUGGUUUGUGCCAAGGUGCAUUACAGCUGCAAACUCUUUAAAUCCUUAAGUAAUCUUGAAUAAUUAAAGGUACAACUACAGUACUGAAUUUUCCAGUGAUUUUUACUGCAUAUCUCUGUGGAUUUGAGUGUUUGCCUUUUGAAACCACUGUACUGAAGAAAAUGUUAAUUGCACAAAGGCCUUAUGCCUUAUUCAGCUAUGCACCCUCAUGAAGAGUGCCUGGGAAAAUUAGGAGCUGUAAUUAAAUGAGUAAUAAAGUCUGCCCUGAAGCUGUAA